AUGCUUCGAGCAACAGCAGUUUCUUCGGCGGCGGGUGGAGGUUCUUCCAGUGAUGGCCAAUCUUACACUCAAGAAUCAAUGGAUGAUAUUGGUUUCCAAAGCAUGGUGCCAAAUAAUUUGAAGAAAAUCCAUCCGGUGGCCUCAGAACCAUUGUUGAAUGGCCAUCGAUUGAAAAGAAGUACCACAGAAUUAUUCGCUAAGGUGGAAUCCGCUCACAAUCGUGGCGAUGAUUCAUCACUUUGUGAUAUCACUGAAAAUGUCCUCAACAGCGACCCGUUUCAUGGUAAGCUCUUGCCAUCAACUAACAAGAGUUCUAGAAGAUCUAGCACCAUUGGACUCUUUGGAAAAGAAAAUGCCAAUAAAGAAGUAAGAUUUUCCGCUAGUGAAGGUUUCCCUAUAAGCCACAAUUCCUCAACAACAAUACCAUCGUUAAAUAAAAUAACUGAUGCUGCUGUUGAUAUUUCUUCUGAAUCUUCUCCCCGAAAUUUUGCUAAAAUAUCCAGAAGUCUGAGAAUUCCUGUUAAUGCCAGAAACUUUUCAGAUAAACAAUACACUAAUGUAUCAAAUGAUUUCGUGGUGAGGAAAAAUACCCCAGAUAAUAUCCCCUGGCACCCUUUGUCCACUAGAAGACAACAGAAUUCUAUAACUAUGUUGGAGCCACAAGCAACUUUGCAACCACUGAAGAAUAAGGAGCCACAAAAAGAGUUGAAAUAUCAACUCGAGCAUGAAAUAUUGAAUAACUUGGAUACGCUAUUUCUCAUAUUUUCAAGCGUUCGGAAAUCUGUGAAUGAAGAUGAGCUUCGGGAAAUUGAACAUUGUAUUGAUAGGAUUCGGGAUCAAAUAAAUAAUUUGGUGGCCAGUUUAGAUAGUAAAUUUGUUGAGAAAGUAAUGGAUAUUGAGCAAACUAAUGUCAAAUUAAAAAAAGAAAAUUCUCUUUUACAAGAUUUGUGCAAUGUUUUAAAAUCUGAAUACACAAAAGCAUCAGCUGAGAUUACUAGAUUAAAAGACCAGACUCAAAAGUUCCAUAAUCAAAUUGAUUGUCUUACAGCAGAAAAAAAUAAAAUGCUGGAGAAAUUUUACUUGAAUGCAGAAGAUUUUCAAGAAGCAAUGACACUAAUGUUUGAAAAUCCAGAUGAAAAAAUUGAAUCCAAGAAGUUUAUGGGGAAAUUGAGACGUCUAAUCGAUAGUUUUAACUUUGCAAAUAAGAAGAAUGAGAUCAUGCAACAAGAAAAUAAUAAAUUACAGACAAAGCUUGAUACUUUUGGAAAUGAAAGUUCGGAAAACCUCAAAACCAUUGAUUUUAUGGAAAAUCACAUAAAGAAGCAAGAGGAAACUAUUAAGCAAUUGACUGAUAAAUAUGGGCUUUUAGAGAAUGAAAAAAACGAAACCGAGGGCACCUUGAAAGUUAAAGAGGAAGAGCUUGGUAAAUUAAUCAAUCGGAUGGAAAAUGAUAGAAAAACUUUUCAUGAUAAUGCUUCUGAUAUGAAGGAAAGCCUAAGAAAAAAAGAUGUACAAGUAGCAGAGGCGUGGAAAAUGCUAUCAACUUUCGCCAGUUCAAAUACGACCAAUGCAGCUAAGCUUGUGAGCCUUGAAGAGGAGAACAGAAAGCAUCAUGAGACUGAGGAUUUUUGGAAAGAAAAAGUACGAGAAUAUAAGCACAUAAAUCAGGCUUUGGAAAAAGAUGGAAUGUUGAAACAGGAAAGGAUUACUGAAGAACAAAAACUUUGUCAAAGCUUGAAACUCAAAAUUUUAGAACUUGAGUCGAAUGAGAAGGAGACUCAAGCGACCAAUGAAAAGUUAAUUGAUGAAGUGAGAGUUACUCAAAUGAGGGUUGAAGAAUUGAAAUCAGAAAACAUCAGUUUAUUAAAUAAAUUUAAAAAGAUGACUGAAAAAAGUGGUCGAAUUGAGACUGCUUGCGGAGUUGGAAAAUUUUAUUUUGAAGAUCUCUCAAACUCUGCCAUUAUUAAACUUGAAAAAAUUAUCGAUGAGCGGUCUUUUGCACGAGUAAAAAGAAAACUCCAAGAUAUUUCCCAAAUCAAACUUUAUGAUGAUUCUAUUAUGCCAAAGUUGGAACAUAUAACAAGAUUCGUUCUCCAAUCUAUCGAUUGUAUCAUUCAGGAAGUGCAAAAAAUGAGAAAUAGAAACUCACGAUUAGAAGCAGACAUCAGAUCUCUUGAACUGGGACCACAAGAGCAGAAUCUGAAAAUUAAGAAUAAUUAG